UGGCAGGCUGUAGACAAAAUGCGCAAUUAUCUUUGGCUAGCAGUACUUCUAGUGGUGGCCACCACCUGCGCCAAGGCCAAACCGGUGGUCUCCUUCGGUGUCAGCUAUCAUCAGCCGUACCUGGGACCGCAGCCGGGACCCUACUACUACGGCGGAGGACCCUAUCCGGGCGGAGGCUACUACCACAACGGGCCCGGGCCCUACGGAUACCCCUACCCGUAUGCGAACCGCUAUGGCGCCCUCGAUGUCGGCAUCGGCGCCCUGUCGCUAUCCUCGUUUCUGCUCUGAUUGCGAGU